AGCAAGCCAGUGAGCGAGAGCUGGAACCCUGCGCCCCCCGCUCCUCUCCGUUUCUCUCCGCGCCGGAGUCGGGCGCGCCAGGUAGGGUAAGCCCGUGGUGCCGCGGCCACCGCCAACCUUAUUGAUCCUGACCCCAUGUCCCGGAGACCCGUGGGCCCUCGAGUUCUGGGGCGCCCGGGCCGGGACGGGCCAGGGCGCCCAGACAGUGCUUGCCAGGAGCUCCAGGAAGCGGGAAGACAGCCCCAGGCAUCCCGCCUUUCUUCCCCAGAGAACGCACGCCCUGCAUCACGCUCCUUCGUUCCUCCUCUCCUUCCAUCCUCUGGUCUGUCUGUCUGUGCCUCUGUCUUUGUGUCAGCCUCUUGGGCUCAAUCACUCCCUGCCCGGAUUUCGUGGCACAGGCCCCCUGGCUGUCUACCUCUGGGGUUCUGUCUCCCUCCAGGGUAUUGUCCUUGUCUGGAUUUUGGUCCUGGCUGCCCCUGUGAGAGGCUUGUGGUCUUGACUAGUUUGGGCCUCAGCCCCCAUCUGGGUCCCUUCCCUAUCUGUCCUGGUCUUCAUGCUUGCCUCUCUCUCCUGGUUGCCUGGUUGAACUGCUUCUUUCUGGGUACCCACAGGAUCCCAGUCUCCCUGCCCUGGCACCAGGGAGAGAUUAACCCUGGGGAGCUGAGGGACAAAGUGAAGAAUCCCAGUUUCUGUGGUCAGGACCUGGGGUCCUUGAACUAGUGGCUGGCCUUCUUCAGCCUCAGUUUCCCUCUCCUAGACUUCCCAAGCCUGCAUGAUUGUGAGAGCCUGUGUGGGGUGGGCAUCCAGGAGGGUAGCUGGGGUACAAACCAUGAACUGCAGAGUGGAAGAGGGAAGGAGGGGUCUCUGAGGGCCAGGGCCAAGGUGGACAGGAUGGGGAGAGGAUGAGGAUAGGGAGAUUAGAGAUGAUGACUGUCUCUACUUGGAUCUGAGCUGAAGAAAAAACAGAGGCAUAAAGUCUCGAACAGCAUUCUAAUGCAGAGCUAAGGUGUCCAAAAGUCUCAUCUUGAGCACUGUUUUGAGAUUCUGACCAGAUGAAUUGCCCCUGACUCUGGACACACAUAUGUUCACAUCUACUUUCCCUGUUGACUUAAGACCACUUAAGGCCACUUCAGUGACCCUCCCUGGGGCCAGCCUCUCCACCUUGCUGUCAAACUCCCAGGGCCUAGAGAUUCUAUUACUUCCUCAGUCAGGGGGCUCUGGGGAUGGAUUUUUAAGAACUAGGGGCUAGGACCCUUGGGUGCUCACCUGGGCUCCAGUCUCUGUAGGAGUUGGAAACUACCCUUUGGAGACCUUUUUCCUUCCCUCUUUCCUGGUGGGUUUCAGCCACAAGGGCCCAUCUCUGGAAACACAAGUCUCAGCAUAGGGACUAGAGCCCCAAGUUUAUACUCUAACCUGGCCACUGCUGCAAUAUUGACUUUGGGGUCCUAGAAGCUUUGUACAAGGUCUUGGACACUCUGAUUCACAACAGGAUUAGUGUUGGCUCAGGUCUUCUGACUUGUCUGGGCCUCUACUCUCUGCCUCCCUCUUUCUCUGCUGAGUAUGGAAUGGGCAUGGAGCCCAUCUACAGACCUAGAUCAGGGCAAGGUUGAGAAACAGGCCAAAGGGUGUCCCGGGAGCUUUUCAGCCUAGUUUGUGAUACUGUCUCUCCCUGACUCCCUAGAAAAGUCCCUAGGGAAGGGAAUUGGGGAAGGCAGAGUUAGAAGGGUUGGCCACUCUUGGGUUCCACUUCUCCCUGUUUGUCUGUCUGUCUCUUUCUCUGCAGGAGCUGGGUCCCUUCUAAAUUCUCUUCCUGCCUGUCCUUUCCUGGUCCCUGCUUCCUCCUUUCUUUGCCUUUGCUGCUUCUAUCCUCAUCCCCUGGAGGCCCAGGUCUGCUGGACCCAUCCAUCCCCUUUGGGACUAUGGGAUCACUGCUUGGGCUCCUGGCACUGCUGCUGCUAUGGGGCGCUGUGGCUGAGGGCCCUGCCAAGAAGGUGCUGACCCUGGAGGGGGACCUGGUCCUGGGUGGGCUGUUUCCAGUACACCAGAAGGGUGGCCCAGCAGAGGAGUGUGGGCCUGUCAAUGAGCAUCGUGGCAUCCAGCGCCUGGAGGCCAUGCUUUUUGCACUGGACCGCAUCAACCGUGACCCACACCUGCUGCCAGGCGUGCGCCUGGGCGCGCAUAUUCUCGACAGCUGCUCCAAGGACACACAUGCCCUGGAGCAGGCACUCGACUUCGUGCGUGCCUCGCUUAGCCGUGGUGCCGAUGGCUCACGCCACAUCUGCCCCGAUGGCUCGUAUGCCACCCACGGUGAUGCUCCCACUGCCAUCACUGGUGUCAUUGGCGGCUCCUACAGCGAUGUCUCCAUCCAGGUGGCCAACCUCCUGCGGCUAUUUCAGAUCCCACAGAUUAGCUAUGCCUCCACCAGCGCCAAGCUGAGUGACAAGUCCCGCUAUGACUACUUUGCCCGCACAGUGCCCCCCGACUUCUUCCAAGCCAAAGCCAUGGCUGAGAUUCUCCGCUUCUUCAACUGGACCUAUGUGUCCACUGUGGCAUCCGAGGGUGACUAUGGCGAGACAGGCAUCGAAGCCUUUGAGCUAGAGGCCCGUGCCCGCAACAUCUGUGUGGCUACCUCGGAGAAAGUGGGCCGUGCCAUGAGCCGCGCAGCUUUUGAGGGUGUGGUGCGAGCCCUGCUGCAGAAGCCCAGUGCCCGUGUGGCUGUCCUGUUCACCCGUUCUGAGGAUGCCCGCGAGCUCCUCGCGGCUACCCAGCGCCUCAAUGCCAGCUUCACCUGGGUGGCCAGCGAUGGCUGGGGGGCCCUGGAGAGUGUGGUGGCAGGCAGUGAGAGGGCUGCUGAGGGUGCCAUCACUAUUGAGCUGGCCUCCUAUCCCAUCAGUGACUUUGCCUCCUACUUCCGGAGCCUGGACCCCUGGAACAACAGCCGGAACCCCUGGUUCCGUGAGUUCUGGGAGCAGAGGUUCCACUGUAGCUUCCGGCGGCGAGAUUGCGCAGCCCAUUCACUACGGGCCGUGCCUUUUGAGCAAGAGUCCAAGAUCAUGUUUGUCGUUAAUGCAGUGUAUGCCAUGGCCCAUGCGCUGCACAACAUGCACCGAGCCCUCUGCCCCAACACCACCCAACUCUGUGAUGCAAUGCGGCCUGUCAAUGGACGCCGGCUCUACAAGGACUUCGUACUCAACGUCAAAUUUGAUGCCCCCUUCCGCCCGGCUGACACGCACAGUGAGGUCCGCUUUGACCGCUUUGGUGAUGGCAUUGGUCGCUACAACAUCUUCACCUAUUUGCGGGCAGGGAGUGGGCGCUAUCGCUACCAGAAGGUAGGCUACUGGGCAGAAGGCCUAACCCUGGAUACCAGCCUCAUCCCAUGGGCCUCGCCCUCGGCCGGCCCCCUGCCCGCCUCUCGCUGCAGUGAGCCCUGUCUCCAGAAUGAAGUGAAGAGCGUGCAGCCAGGGGAGGUCUGCUGCUGGCUCUGCAUCCCCUGCCAGCCCUACGAGUACCGGCUGGACGAAUUCACUUGUGCUGACUGUGGCCUGGGUUACUGGCCCAAUGCCAGCCUGACCGGCUGCUUUGAGCUGCCCCAGGAGUACAUCCGCUGGGGUGAUGCCUGGGCUGUGGGACCUGUCACCAUCGCCUGUCUAGGUGCCCUGGCGACCCUCUUUGUGCUGGGUGUCUUUGUGCGGCACAAUGCCACACCUGUGGUCAAGGCCUCUGGACGGGAGCUCUGCUACAUCCUGUUGGGCGGUGUCUUCCUCUGCUACUGCAUGACCUUCAUCUUCAUUGCCAAGCCAUCCACGGUGGUGUGUACCUUACGGCGCCUUGGUCUGGGCACUGCCUUCUCUGUCUGCUACUCAGCUCUGCUCACCAAGACCAACCGCAUUGCACGCAUCUUUGGUGGGGCCCGGGAGGGAGCCCAGCGACCACGCUUCAUCAGUCCUGCCUCGCAGGUGGCCAUCUGCCUGGCACUUAUCUCGGGCCAGCUGCUCAUUGUAGCUGCCUGGCUGGUGGUGGAAGCACCAGGCACAGGCAAGGAGACAGCCCCAGAGCGGCGGGAGGUGGUAACAUUGCGCUGCAACCAUCGAGAUGCAAGCAUGCUGGGUUCACUGGCCUACAACGUGCUCCUCAUCGCACUCUGCACACUCUAUGCCUUCAAGACCCGCAAGUGCCCUGAGAACUUCAAUGAGGCCAAAUUCAUAGGCUUUACCAUGUACACCACUUGUAUCAUCUGGCUGGCCUUCCUGCCCAUCUUCUAUGUCACCUCCAGUGACUACCGGACGAAGAAACGGAGACUCAGGGAGGUUCAAUCCCUUGCCUAAGGUCACUCAGCUUGGGAGUGUAGAGCAGGGUCUGAACUGACAAUCUUAACAAUUAAAGGAGCAGGAAAAUCGAGACAAGAGCCCCUGGAAAGGCCCUUUCCCCCAGGACAGAGGUAUGGUGGGCAGUGCUGGGGGCCAGGGCGGCUGGGCUUGGCUGCUGUUGCACCUGCUGGGCCACCUGCCUGGUUGGUGGAGGCCAGGGCUGGGGAGGGAAUCUGCUCUGACUCAGCCUGCAUUUGCAUAUGAUUUGCAUUUGCAUGCCAAUCAUAGGUGAUUAAAGACUAACCUGGACAUACACAGUACUCACACAUGCACACGUGCACAUAGGCACACACUCAUGCACACACACAUACCUGCACACAUAUGCAUGCAGAUACACACUCAUACACACACCAGCACGUGUACUCCAAUGCACACAUACACCCCUGGACCCCUGCAUGUUCACGCCCUCAGCUGGAAUUUUGAUCUCCCUGGGAAGGUGGUCCACAGGCUGAUGCUGGGACUGUGCCCACCUUCCUAGAAAUCCUUUGGGGCUUAGCAAAUGGACCAAGGCCCGGUGUUGGAUGCUUACCAUCUUCCCUACUCCCUACCCCCAUAGCCUGGGCAGGGAUGCUGGGGCCAGACUCAUCCUUGACUUCACCCAUCCCAGGUACAGACCACCACCAUGUGUGUAUCAGUCAGCCUCAGUGGCUCUGUGGUGCUCGGCUGUCUCUUUGCACCCAAGUUGCACAUCAUCCUUUUCCAGCCACAGAAGAAUGUGG